CAGGCAACAGUUCGCCCGCGGCCACGCUAUCACGCGGUCGUUCCAGAAAUCCUCCCGAACUCGUCUCUUCCCAGAGGAAGUCGCCUCUUUUUAAAGGGGUAUCAAGGUCAACCGGCGCGGCGCGGUGCAGCGGUACCGCGGUGAUAUCCGUGUAAGCUCUUGGUAAACCGCGAUCGCGCGCCGCUGACAGAUCGUCCUCUGCGUCCCUCAGGCGUGCACGCCUGCCGCGAGGAUAACACGCCGUUCACUCUGUGCCAUUCACCAUGAUGUGGACAACGUUGCUGUCGGGACUCGUUCUACUGUCGGCGAUAUCGCCCGGUCUUCCUCGAAGCAUUAGUGAUACCGAAGGCCGAUGGAAGCGCAGUAUCGAUCUGAACGAUAUCUACUACACAAAAAUGCGUCAGUAUAGAUUACCUAAUGAAGUUAGGCCGACCAGUUACCACGUGGAUAUCAAAAUACCCUUCAUCGAGAGCAAUCAGUUUAACGGUCGUGUCAAGAUCAAUUUCACCGCGUACGAUAUCAGCGACAGGAUAACAUUGAACAUCCAUCCGAAUCUUGAGAUUUCAUUAGUCACCAUCAGACUAAUCAAAUCACCGACUGAUGAAGCGACGCCAGAUGAGUACUUUAAUAUCGCAAGGACCGAGCGGCAGAGUAAGAAAUCUUGGUACAUUAUUCAUCUGGAACAAAUGCUGAAGGAAGGAACUUCCUGCGAAGUCGACAUCACGUAUCUUGGGAAUCUUACACUUAACGAGACUACUGGCCUAUAUAAAAGCGCGUACUUGGAUUCCGACGGUCGAAAACACCCCUUCAUCGCCACUUACUUACAGUUAGACAACGCGCAGAAGAUGUUCCCCUGCAUGGACGAGCCACCCUAUAAAUCAACUUUCAAGCUGACUGUAUCGUAUCCUAAAGGCUUAACGGCACUCACGAACACGCCGGUAAUUUCUCGACACGAGUCGUCCGACAAGAUCGAGGAAGAGUUCGCGGAGACACCUCGAAUGUCGACGAAUCAAUUCGCCCUCAUGAUCUCGGAUCUGCAAAACAUCGAGCCGACAAAUGAAGUUAACGAGAUGGAUGGAAUGAAGCUGCAGGUGAAGGUUUGGGGCCGUAAAGAAUUCAUGGAGUCGCUGGUUAAUGUUCCCAACAAAGUUGUAAAAAUUGUGAAUUAUUUACAAGAUUACUUCAACAGCUCCAUCGGCUUACCGAAAUUGGACGUAAUGGCGAUUCCGCUUUACAGCAUUUCCAAAGCUUCCGACAAUUGGGGUCUCAUGUUCUUCAAAGAAAGUGAACUCAGCAGCUCUCUGAUCUGGACCACUACGUACGAGCUUCUCUACCAAUGGAUCGGUCAAUCCGUUACACCGUACCAGCGAAACGACGCGCCGAUUAACAAAGCUCUUAACUCGUUCUUGGCAUCCAUGGCGACAAUCGAUCUCAAUCCAAACGAGACGCAAGGAAAAUGGCCGAUGACGAUGUUGUAUCCUCUAUAUUACGAAUUUGCGCAAACGGCACCUUUCUCAAGAGUGGCUGGCAUCAGGCAAGAAGCAACAUGGACAAAAGCCGAGUUGGUUUUCCGAAUGCUUAAUUACACUCUUGGGCGCGACUUGUUCCAGAGGAGUUUGAGAAAUUUCUUCCAUCAGCAAUCGAAAGAAGAUCACAGAACCUUUUUCGCCAAUGAUAUCUUCACUUAUCUGAACGACGUGGCGAACGAGACGAACAAUCUGCCACCAGGUCUGACCAUCAACGGCAUCGCCGCUUCGUGGAUCAAUCGGGACAGAGUGCCGUUGGUCACGGUCAUUCGCGAUUACGAAACUGGAAAAAUUAAUCUUACUCAGAAAGUCUAUCUGAGAGAUAUACCUCCGCAAUCGACGGCCAAAGUGUCAUAUCAGUGGGACAUCCCGAUCGUGAUGCAGGCACAAGAUAAAUUAAACUUUAACAAUACCAAACCGACUGUAUGGCUGAAAAAAGAAACCGUACCGAAGAAUUUCACUAUCACAGACAUCACCAACAAAAAUAAUUUUAUUAUUGUCAAUCCCGAAGAAAUAGGAAUGUUCCCGGUGAAUUACGACUCGUGCAACUGGAAGAUGUUGUCGCAAUAUCUGCGAGGGCCAAAUCGCGAAAAGAUACCUCCAUUAACCAGGGCGAAGCUUCUGCACGACGCGUGGAACUUGGCGUACGCCGGCGAGCUGUGCUUCGGCAUCGCGAUGAACAUGACUCUCUUCCUCAAGGAAGAAAAGAACCACGUGGUUUGGGAACCGGUAUUCACAAUGAUUCAUCAUGUCGGUCGGCGGAUCGAGGGCUUGGACGUAUAUUUGAAAUUCGAGGCGUACAUUCGAAACUUAUUGAAGCCUCUCUACUUGCAACUUGGAGAUAAUCCAAAACCUAAUGAACCUUCCUGGAGAACUCACAUGCGCGGUCUUAUGCAGAACUUCCUUUGCCGUGCUGGAUACGAACCUUGCGUUAAGGAAGCCAGGGAUCAAUUCAAAAAAUGGUUGACCGACGAGGAGCCGGAUAAAGGAAACCCGGUCGCCAAUAAAUUCCUCUGCCCCGUGUUCAAAUGGGGCACCGACGAGGAAUGGGAGUUCGGACUGCAGCACGUCAUAAGUUUCCCAAAGACCAGUCUAGCUAGGAAGCCAAACGAGCGCACCUAUUACCUACUGAAGACCCUCGCCGGGUGUCCGAAGGAUGCAAACAAGAUCGAAAGACUGCUGCAAGUAUCCGUGCUGGACCGGAAUGAGAAUUUCACGGACGCGGACAUCCACCUGAUCUUCAGUAUGAUGACCGGCAGCGCGACCGGCUACAAAACCCUGUUCAACUUCCUGCUCGAGCAUUGGUACACCGUGAUGGAGCAAUUCGGGAACAAGACCUUCCUCUGGGACGGCAUCAUCAAUUUCGCCACGUCGUCGUUCAACACGCAGGAGGGCUACGAUAUGGUGACCAAGUUCUAUAUCGAUCACAAAGACGAAUUCGAAUCAUAUCUAAAAUGUAAUAAAGAUUAUAAUUUUUCGUCUUGA